CAAAAAACUAGCCGCUGUUUCCUUGGCGAGGAGGCGAAGGGAAGAAGAAAUGGCAUCCCUGGCAAGACGAUUUCUGCGCCAGCCGCUUUGCGCUGGCAUCAGAGGUUACCACUGUGCUCGCGUGCAAUGCUCUGAUACGCUGUUCGUUCACAGGGAUGCUCCAGAGAACAAUCCUAACACUCCGUUCGAGUUUACAGCCGGGAAUUUGAAGCGCAUCGAGACGAUCAAAGCGAACUACCCGAAAGGGCACGAGAAUGCCGCGUCGAUCCUUCCAGUGCUGGAUCUAGCGCAGAGGCAGCACGGGUGGCUGCCCAUCUCUGCCAUGAACAAGGUAGCCGAGGUUCUGGAGGUGGCACCCAUGCGGAUUUACGAGGUAGCAACGUUCUACACGAUGUUCAACCGUGAGCCAAUGGGGAAGUUUCACAUCCAGAUCUGCACAACAACGCCGUGCAUGCUGCGUGACUCUACUGCUAUACUGGACACGAUCAGGUCUAAGCUGGGCAUAAAGGUCGGCGAGACGACCCAGGAUGGCCUGUUCACCCUAUCCGAGGUUGAGUGCUUGGGUGCGUGUGUGAACGCGCCCAUGGUCCAGAUCAAUGAUAACUAUUACGAAGAUCUGACCGUGGACGACAUGGAAGAGAUUUUGGACACGCUAACCAAAGGUGGCAAGCCAAAGACUGGUCCCCGCAGCGGACGCUUUGCUGCCGAGCCACUGAAGGGCAUGACAACGCUGACGGAACCACCGACUGGGCCGGGCUUUGGACUGCAAUCUGAUUUAUAGACAAUAUCGCUGCUUAUGGUUGCUUGUGACCCAGUCGCCUUUAUCUUUGGUUACCUCGGUGAAGACGACUGGGAGUGGAUUAUUGGGAGAACUUGGAUGUUGGUCGAUAUUGCUGAAUUCCCGUAGAGUUGCAAUGCAACGUUGACCGUUUUGCCAUGCAUGGUUCUAUUUCUAUUCCUCUCCUUACGCUGUACAUACAGGUGCUGACGGUUUUCUUGCAUCUACGUUUUGCUUUCACGGUGUAUUGGUCACAGUUGUGCUUUGUGUAUCUUGUACUGUAGUCAGUUAUACAGAUAGUUCUAAUUGAUAUUUAUAUACUCACCUCCGCAACUGACUUGGAGGCUCCGGGCUAAAAUUGAUUUGAUUUUAGUAGACCGCACUGCUCCAGCUGGUGGGCAAGGUUUCACUACAUUUGGCUUGUCUAGCAAUUGUUCUUAAAAAGUUGUAUGUGGAUUUCAUUUGCCAUUA